CUCUCUCUCUCUCUCUCUCUCUCUCUCUAGGAUCCAGUCUUCGCUCAUCUCGUACUUCAGCUGGAAGAUAACGUUCGGCCUGGUCAGAUGAUGGUACAACGAGUCUGCUGGAAGGGCAUGUGGUAGAGCAAGGUGUAUAAGGUACGACGGUAUCUCCAAAGGGAGUCGAGGGGAUGGAUGCCUUGUCAGAGCAAACCCGAGUAGUACGAGCUGUAUAGCAACAUGGGUACAGGUACAGGCAGCCUUCCUUACUCAGCAGACAAGGCGCCAAGGCACUUCGUAUGUUCGUACCUUCGCGCCUUCGCCUUGCAUGGGCUACAGGAUCUACAAAACAUCCGCUGGAUCUAAACUGAUCUGCCAGGGAAUCCUAUUCGUAGACCCAGUGAUCGGGGUAGCCUCUAACUCUAUUGGACGCGAAAUCCGAGAUUCCGAAAGAAUAAGUAUGACGCCCAAGUACGCUCUUGCGAUGGAAUGCAAAGACACUUCCUAGCUGAGCGUUGCCCUGACCUGGCGAACUACUGUUCAUCUAUGUCCUGACUUGGACUCACUUGUUGUAACGAAGAUGCCGCACUCUACAGCCUCUGCGCCUGGUACCGUCGAGGCCACGAUCAACUACCACUUCAAACCAGCAUUAGGAGAGUCGCCUCCCAGUCCGGUCCCAGGGACGGUUGGCGCCGUCCGUCAGAAACUGAAUGCGCAGGCUGUUCGCAUCACCGAUAUUCGAAGCACGGACAAUCGGUUCCAUGUCCACCGCCAUGGGUUUCAGCUUGUCAGAUUUACUGGACCAGAAGGUCUCAAGUACGAGACUUUUGAUGAUGGAGACAAGAUCAAGAACAAGUUUUACGACGAAGUGAAGGAACUGCUCAAGACCGAACUUGGCGCCACCUAUGUAUUCGUCAUCAGCCACAGAUUACGACGCGAAUCGUAUCAAUCCGUGCUUGAUCUCCCGGCGGAUACUCCGGACACACAGAAAUUUUCGCAGAUCGUCCCCACUAUGAAUGUGCAUGUCGACCAGUCUUACGACGGAGCUGAGAUGUUGGUCGAUAUGCUGCAGUCUCAAGGGGGAGAGGCGACAGACUUGAAAGCGAAGACGAAGAGCUGUCGCUGGGCUAUCAUCAAUGUCUGGAAGCCACUCAAAACAGUCACCCGCGAGCCAUUGGCACUGUGCGAUUCUACGACAGUCUCGGAUGCUGAACUUCGAGCUGUCAAACUCCGAGCGCCGCCGAUGGAGUUCUUCGAGGUUGCGCACAGUCCUGAGCAUAAAUGGUACUGGCAAUCGAAUAUGGAGCCCGAUGAGGCGUUUUUUAUCAAAUGCUUUGACAGCAAGACUGAGGGUGUGGCGCGGAAUUCGCCACACUCUGCAUUCAUUUUACCCGACGGCCAGGGAUCGCCCAGGGAGAGCAUCGAGAUCAGGUGUGUUGUAUGCUGGGAGAAUGAGAGUAAUUAGUGCAGAGAUGCAUGUCUCUGCCGCCUGCGGUUUCUGGAAACUCGACUGUCGUGAGCAGAUAUCGGGAUAUGGAAAAGGUGUAUACGGUGCUUCCCAGCGUUCAGUUCCGCUACCCCGAUCUUGCCGUCUGCAUCAUCCAUUGGACGAGCACUUCGAAUACGAAGACCUCGAUCGAACAGACACUCGGUCACAUCAUCUCAUCAUCAUUGCAUCGAUUCGAUUGUCAUCAUGGCCUGAUCAUUGAAGCAGUCGUCACUGUUGAAGGUGAUACAACAUGACUAGUGGUCUGUUGAACUGGGAAGCAUUGGCGCGCUGGCUCGCGCUGAGAAUCCAGCAAAUGACGCAGACAAAGUGAGGUGGUCCACGAAGGACCAAUGGCAGUGGUAGUGUGGAGCUCAGUGGCACGACAUAUGCUCUGCCCUGCCCUGCUCUGCCCUGCCCUGCCGUAUCCUGCCCUGCCGCAGUCGAUCAUGCAUCUACGCGAGCUCUCAAUCGCCGGUUUUGUUUGUGCCCUUUUCCUCCAGAUUUUACUACCAAAGACUCCGAGUUUUCUCCAUGGGCUCGUUGCUGCAUACCGCUGCCCGCUUAGAACUGAGCGCUACACAAGCGUUGAUUCGACCACUUAACCAUGCAUCUGGCAUCGACGAUUCCCC